GUGGUCCUCGCGCUCUACUGAUUCUGUCACGCACGCACUGCUCUCGAGCGCGCUCAGCGCAGCGGCGGUUCUCGCCUCCGGGAUGGCGCCCUCUGCUUCGGUGUUCAAGUCGGGUUUUCAACCUCAGGACAACAAACUUCCGAUGGAAAGUGGCCUUCCCGACCCGGAGCAGCUCUUGCUGUUCCUCAGAAAACUCAAAGAGGUGUUCGAUGUGUGCGAUGAGGAUUCGGAUGGUUUCAUUCGCGUGGAGCAUUUCGUAGACCUCGGUUCACAGUUCGGCCAAGGAGACGAGGUGAAGAAGUUGGCCAAAUGCUUGGACCCCAAUGCYCAGGGCAGGAUCAACUUCAAGGACUUCUGCCAUGGAGUGCUGGCUAUCAAAGGCUGUGAGGGGAUUCUGAAGACCACACUGGGAGCUCGCAGUAUCACACGGCGUCCCUAUGAGACCGACAACGGUUACUACUACCAGCGACCUGUACCGGUGGCGUCUCUGCAGAGCGUCCUGACUGGCUGGCGUCUCUGGCAGGCUCCUGGACUGGCUGGCGUCUCCCUGGAGGCUCCUGACUGCUGGCGGCUUCCUGGCGCGCUCCUGACUGCCACGGACGGCUCUGCGGCUUCGUGA